ACACACACACCACCCCCUACAGCUGCCUAAACAUGUCCUCCUUUCUCUCCUUCUCUCCGCUUCCAGAUCAGGGUGGACGGGCCUUCCCACGGUGCAUUGCAGUAUGAGGUGAUCCAGGCAGUGGAGCGAGGGCCAAUCCAACGGGACAUGGCCUUCUCCCCCGACCACCACUUCCUAUAUGCCAUGUCAGAGACACAGAUGACGAGGGUACCAGUGGAAGCCUGUGGCCAGUACUCCACCUGCAGCGAGUGUCUGGGCUCAGGAGACCCUCACUGUGGCUGGUGUGUCCUGCACAACAUGUGCACCAGGAAGGAGAACUGCGAGCGCUCGGCCGAGCCCCGGAGGUUCGCCUGGGACAUCAAGCAGUGCGUCCGCCUCAGCGUCCACCCCAGCAACAUCUCUGUGUCCCAGUUCAGCGUCACG